UUCCACCUACUCGGCUUUCACUGCGCUACGUUGCUAGGAUACAACGAUCACGCAACUCAGGACUCCGGUCAACUCUGUUAGCUUGGAUCGCUUCUUGACAAGUUAUAUUAAUUAAUUACGUAGCAACAUAUUAAGACUUGAAUUCACAAAGGCCAUGCCUUAUAUUAAAACACCUCAGAAAAAUGAACCACUGACAAGACAGCUGGACGUGAAGUCGCAGAAAUGUGGACUGCGACACACAGUUUACUCACCCACUGGGAAUGAAUACACUGGUGAAUGGCAGGACAACAAGAAACAUGGGAAGGGAACUCAGAUUUGGAGGACGUCUGGUGCCAUUUAUAAUGGAGAGUGGAAAUUUGGCAAAUAUGACGGAUACGGUACCUACAGUGAACUACUGCCAGAAACAAACGAAUAUGUCAGAAAGUACUGUGGAAUGUGGAAAAAUGGAAAGAAGCAUGGUGAAGGGACCUUCUCCUACAGUAACUCAGACGUUUAUGAGGGCGAGUGGAGUGAAGGACAAAGGAGUGGCUGGGGAAAGAUGUAUUACGAGAAUGGGGAUAUCUACGAGGGAGAGUGGAUGAGGGAUAAGUGUCACGGCCAAGGCAUUAUUCAAUUUGCAAAUGGGAAUUGGUAUGAAGGUGCCUGGCAAUAUGGCAAGAGGAACGGUGAUGGAAAGUUCUACUAUUCUGACAAAGGGCAGCUAUAUAAAGGAUUGUGGGUGGAUGGAGUGGCAAAAUGUGGGACCCUGACUGAUUGUGGGAGGGAUAACGCACCAAUGCCAACAAAAUAUCCAAUUCCAAAGCUAGGUCUUGUGGAUGCAGAGUUGGUUUUAAAGGAAGCCCGGUCAGCGUGAAUUAAUCGAUACUGAUGAACAACAAGAGGAUCAACAGCAAGUUUUCAUCCAAUGCACAAACAAAAUAACAUCUCAGUAGUUAGAC